AUGUCUUCUCACAAGACUUUCAGAAUCAAGCGAUUCCUGGCCAAAAAACAAAAGCAAAAGUGUUCGAUUCCUCAAUGGAUUCAGAUGAAAGCUGGUAACAAAAUCAGGUGGGACUCAGGGAGAAGACACUGGAGGAGGACGGAGCUGGGUCUGUUAGGAUUCACAGGAUGGCAAGACUGAGGGUUUAUAUGGUCAUUGGUCAGCCUACCAAAUGGAGUUUGACAUUUUUAAUCUGGAGACUUGGUCAUGUUUAAACUGGUGGUGUGGUUUGUCCAGUCAUAAAAGGUAGAACCUUUCAGAAAACAAAAACAGAAAAGCUUGGAGAGAUGGCUCAGCAGUUAAUAACACCUGGUGCUCUCGCAGAACCACCUGGGUUC